AUGAUUUUUAAUUUUAUGUUGUUCUUGAUUGUAUUGCUGAUCAAUAACUCAUUUUAUACAACAGCGAUAGUCCCGAAGCCGUCAAGUUACAUAAAACCUUCGACAGUCUGUUAUUUAAAUCGUCCACUUGACAUUAAAAAUAACUAUUCCUCAUGCGAUAUAUUGUCAGAAGCUGUGACGAGAUUUGAAAAGCGUCUGGAAUUAAAACAUCUGCCAAUUUCUGAAAAAGUUGUAGUCACAUGCAAUAUAAACACCUUGAAUAUCAAAAUUGGAAGUGGAUGUGACGAAGGGCUAGGUCAGCUAUGGCCCAAUGCAUCAAUUGAUGAAUCAUAUCAAGUGUGGAUAGAAGAAUCUCAAAUUAGCAUAGAGUCCUUCGAGGUUUGGGGUGCGUUACACGCCCUCGAGACCAUACUUCAAUUGGUGUACCAGGGUGAAUAUUCAGGGAAUGUUAUAAUUACAGGAUCUUUGAUGGACGAACCACAAUUCGGACACCGUGGAAUGUUGAUAGAUACUGCAAGGUACUUCUUGCCACUUAAUGUCCUGGAGAAAUUAUUAGAUAGCAUGGCCAUGGUGAAGAUGAAUGUGUUUCAUUGGCACAUUACAGAUGAUCAAUCAUUUCCCUUUGUCUCGACUUCUGUCCAGACUCUGUCAGAUAAGGGUGCAUAUCAUCAGCUGAAGUGCAUAUAUAGUGACGGAGAUGUGAAAAAUCUGUUGGACUAUGCCUGUCGACGUGGAAUUCGUGUCAUUCCAGAGUUUGAUACUCCAGGUAGAUAA